AUGACCACCACCACCGACGCAGCCGCCGCAGCCUCAUCGGAAGCUCAGCUGCUGAAAACGGUGACCACCAUCCUCACCAGCCACCGUGACCCCCACACCGCGCUCAAACCCUUAAUCCAAAAUCUCACCCUCCCCACGCCCGAUCUCGCCUUCCAGCUCUUCAACAAGAUGAAGCGCCUCCGCAUUAAACCCAACCUCCUCACCUGCCACUCCCUCCUCUCCUCCCUCGUCCGCCGCCACCCUCAUUCCUCCCACUCCAUUCACCUCUCCAAACAAGUCUUCAACGAUUCCCUUAAGCUCGGUAUAACCCCAAAUACCACCACCUUCAACAUCUUGAUCCAUGGUUCUUGUCUUGAUAAUAAUUUUAAUGAUGCUCUUAGCUUCAUGAACCAAAUGACUGAUUUUGCUUGUUCUCCUGAUAAUAUCACUUACAAUACUAUUCUUGAUGCAUUGUGUAGGAAGGGCCAAUUGAGUAAGGUUAGGGAGGUUUUGCUAGAGAUGAAAGGUAGCGGGGUUUCCCCAAAUAGGAACACCUAUAAUAUCUUGGUUCAUGGCUAUUGUAAGUUGAGGUGGUUGAAGGAGGCUGCCGAGGUUGUCGAGUUGAUGAGAGCGAACGACAUGGUACCGGAUAUUUGGACUUAUAAUACAAUCAUGAGGGGUUUGUGCGACGAGGGGAAGGUCAAGGAGGCGAUUAGCCUAAGGGAUGAGAUGGAGAGCCUGAGGGUGAUGCCGGAUGAGGUUACCUACAAUACUUUGGUUGACGGGUGUUUUCAAUGGCGGGGGAGUGUGGAGGCAUUCAAGUUGGUUGAGGAAAUGAAGGGAAAGGGAGUCAAGCCGAACGCGGUGACUCACAAUAUAAUGGUGAAGUGGUAUUGUAAGGAAGGUAAGAUGGAUGAAGCCGGCUGUGUCGUGGCAAAGAUGGUGGAGAGUGGGUUUUCACCGGACUGUUUUACUUAUAAUACUAUGAUCAAUGGUUAUUGUAAAGCAGGAAAUCUGGGAGAAGCUUUUAAGAUGAUGGAUGAAAUGGGGAGGAAAGGUUUAAAGAUGGAUACUUUUACUCUGAACACUAUAGUGCACAAAUUGUGCACGGAGAAGCUGCUCAAAGAGGCAUACGAGUUGACUGUGAAGGCUGCAAAGCGAGGUUAUAUUCUCGAUGAGGUAACCUAUGGAACUCUAAUCAUGGGAUACUUUAAAAAUGAACAAACAAACAAAGCUCUGAAGCUUUGGGAUGAGAUGAAGGAGAAGGGGAUCAUUCCUAGUGUUGUCACUUAUAACACUAUAAUUAGGGGGUUGUGCCAUUCUUUAAAAACUGAUCAGGCUGUAGAUAAAUUGAAUGAGCUUUUAGAUAAAGGUUUGGCCCCCAAUGAAGCUACGUGUAACAUAAUUAUUCAUGGUUACUGCUGGGAGGGAGCAGUGGAGAAAGCAUUCUUGUUCUAUAACAGAAUGGUUGAGAACUCAUUCAAGCCGGAUGUUAUUACAUGUAACAUUCUUCUUCGAGGGCUUUGCAAACAUGGUAUGUUCGAGAAGGCCUUUAAUUUAUUUAACACAUGGAUCACUAAAGGUAAGCCCGUUGAUGCAGUUACGUACAACACGUUGAUUUCCGUCCUUUGCAAAGAAGGGAAACUUGAUGAAGCAUUUGACCUCAUGACUGAGAUGGAGAAGAAAAAAUUGGGGCCGGACCGAUAUACUUAUACUGCCAUCAUUGGUGCACUUACUCAUGCUGGGAGAACUGAGGAAGCAAAGAAAUUCAUGUCAAAACUCCUAGAGACAAGUCCAAAUAUGAUAAGUGAAGACACUUCACAAAUGCUUGGUUCAGGUGACAUGGAUUACUCAGAACAGAUAAGUAAUUUUUGUACUCAAGGGAAGUACAAAGAGGCAAUGAAACUAUUUCAAGAAUCAGAGCAGAAAGGAGUUAGUUUGAAUAAAUCUGCGUAUUUCAAGUUAAUGGAUGGGCUAUUGAAGAGGCGAAAAAGCAUAUCGAAGGCCUCCUUAUCAGAUUGACACAAUAAAUUCAAAUUGGCAUUUGGAUUCCUGAUGUUCAUCAUGUUGAACCCAUUUUAUUGGUGGUUUUGCUGUGAUGACAAUCCAUUAUUUCAUGUGGAGUAUAAAGAUAACUUUUCAGGUCAGAUACAAGUUGCAUUUGCCGAGGCUCCAAAUGAGGCCCUUCCUCUUUAUUGCAGGCCUAAUUUUGGUGCUGCAUGGUUGGCACAAUACAAAUUUAAGGUCAACGAAACUUAUGAUUGUUGGUACACAUCUGGUGUAUCUAAAGUGCGUUUUGAUCAAGAUAACCUUUUCAGUUGCCAGGCAGAUGGGCAGUCUGCUCUUGAGAAGAUUAAACUAUAUUCUAAUAUGAGGCGCUCUUUUUCAUCUGCCAACUCUUGUUCUGCUUCUGAAGGUCUUCUAUCUGUUUUGUCUGUUCAGAAUCCUUCCUGAAAAUUCGCAGCACUUCCUUUUCAAGGGUCUCGCACCGCUUCAAGACAGCUUGCAUGUCCGAGGGAACUGAUGGUGUUAACUUUCUUUCCUUUGCCUCAGCCAUUCUGCAUCCCAAGAACAUGGCUUUACAAAUGAAACAGG